GGUGUUUGCGUCAUGGAUGUGUCUGUCCCACCAACCAAUUAUCCGAAAUCUUUAUCCUCGAUUAUCAAAUGCCAUCGUCGUCGUGCGGCAAUAAACAAUUGCCAUUCAGUCGUCUCGCAUCCGCCGCUCUCGCACUCGAACCACCACCACCGCUCGCUGCGUGUGAGAUCCAGCGCCGCCGUCGCGCCGCCGCUGCCGCCGCCGCUGGUGGUGCCGAUGACGACGCCGAAGCCGAGCCCGACGAUCCGGAGGCUGGACGUGGCGUCGCCGGUGCCGGCGGACAUCGACAUCGCCAACGCCGUCUCGCCGCUCCCCAUCGCCGACAUCGCCGCGGAGCUCGGCCUGCGCCCCGAGCACUUCGAUCUCUACGGCAAGUACAAGGCCAAGGUGUUGCUGUCUGUUCUUGAUGAGUUGAAAGGGCAGCAGGAUGGGUACUACGUGGUGGUCGGCGGCAUCACGCCGACGCCGCUCGGGGAGGGCAAGUCGACCACCACCGUUGGGCUGUGCCAGGCGCUGGGUGCGUUUCUUGAUAAAAAGGUUGUCACUUGCCUCCGUCAACCAUCACAAGGGCCUACUUUUGGAAUCAAGGGGGGUGCUGCUGGAGGUGGCUACAGCCAAGUCAUACCCAUGGAUGAGUUCAAUCUUCAUCUUACAGGAGAUAUCCAUGCAAUUACAGCUGCAAACAAUCUUCUUGCUGCUGCUAUCGAUACAAGGAUUUUCCAUGAGGCUUCACAAUCAGACAAAGCGCUGUUCAAUAGACUAUGUCCGCCAAACAAAGAAGGAAAGAGGCGCUUUGCUGAUGUAAUGCUCAGACGCCUGAUAAAGCUUGGAAUCUCAAAGACAGAUCCUAAUGAGCUUACUCCAGAUGAAGUUAGACGCUUUGCAAGACUUGACAUAGACCCUGAAUCCAUUACUUGGAGACGGGUCAUGGAUGUAAAUGACCGGUUCCUGAGAAAAAUCACUAUUGGACAAGGCCCUGAUGAAAAAGGUAUGGUGAGAGAAACAGGCUUUGACAUAGCUGUAGCUAGUGAGAUAAUGGCCGUAUUAGCUCUUACAACUUCCCUUGCUGACAUGAGGGAAAGGCUUGGAAGAAUGGUGAUAGGGAACAGCAAGGCAGGUGAGCCUAUUACUGCUGAUGAUCUUGGUGUUGGGGGUGCCUUGACUGUCCUAAUGAAAGAUGCCAUCCAUCCAACGCUCAUGCAAACUCUUGAAGGCACUCCUGUGUUAGUGCACGCUGGACCUUUUGCUAAUAUUGCUCAUGGAAACUCUUCGAUAGUUGCUGAUAAAAUUGCACUGAAGUUGGUUGGGAAGGGUGGAUAUGUAGUUACAGAGGCAGGUUUUGGUUCUGAUAUUGGAACUGAGAAAUUCAUGGAUAUAAAGUGUAGAUAUAGUGGAUUAAUGCCUCAGUGUGCUAUUAUUGUGGCCACAAUUAGAGCUCUUAAAAUGCAUGGUGGGGGCCCUGAUGUUGUGGCUGGGAAGCCUUUGGAUCAUGCAUAUGUGAGUGAAAAUGUGGCUCUUGUUGAAGCUGGAUGCGUCAAUCUUGCUAAACAUAUCGCAAACACAAAGAGUUAUGGAGUUAAUGUUGUAGUUGCAAUCAACAAGUUUGCAUCAGAUACUGAAGCAGAAAUGGACGUGGUGCGAAAUGCGUCUUUGGCUGCUGGUGCUUUUGAUGCUGUUGUCUGCACUCACCAUGCGCAUGGUGGUAAAGGAGCGGUUGAUCUUGGACUCGCGGUUCAACGGGCAUGUGAGAGCCAGGCAGACCCUCUGAAAUUUUUGUAUCCUUUAGAAUCUGGCAUAAAGGAGAAGAUUGAGUCAAUAGCUAAGUUCUAUGGUGCUAGCGGCGUUGAAUACUCUGAACAGGCGGAGAAGCAGAUUGAAAUGUAUACCAAGCAAGGCUUCUCAAACCUCCCAAUAUGCAUGGCGAAAACUCAGUACUCGUUUUCGCAUGUUCCAUCCAUGAAGGGCGCGCCGUCUGGCUUCGUGCUUCCUAUCAGGGAUGUGAGGGCCAGCAUUGGAGCCGGUUUCAUCUACCCACUGGUUGGCACCAUGAGCACAAUGCCUGGUCUUCCUACAAGGCCCUGCUUCUACGAAAUCGACGUCGACACAGCCACUGGCAAAGUCAUGGGUCUGUCAUAAGCGUUUCUGGAAUGGAUUGCAAUUUGGGGCACAAUUGUGUAGUUGCAAAUUUUGGGACAUUCCCUUAGCUGAAUAAUAGCCUCAGUGGCUUCCUGCAAGUGCAGCAAUACAUUUUUCUUUUUGAGUUUCUUGGUGACUGUAAAUCAGUAAAUGUGGUCGAACCAUACUGUUCAGACUCUGUUCCAAUGCCCCAUGUUUCAGCUUAACAUGCUUUCUCUGAUUCUUCCUGUCU